AUGAUGCAAAGGCGCACAAAGUGGAAAAAAACAGUGAUAAGUGUCUCAAAAUUCGUCAGAAACUCUUCGAGAACACUCGUUUUCUCAAGUAAUCUCAACGUUUUCAAUAAAACUCCAAAAAGUCUCCACGUCUGCGUCAUUGGAAGGAAGUCCAUAAAAAUUCAAGGAAACAAAUACGUUAUCAAAAUAAGUUGGAAAAGUCAACAUAUCUUCAACGUAUCUUCGACGUUUCCACCAGAUUUUCACUGCAGGGUCGUUAAAAAAAAAGAGACGUUAGAAUCACCGAAAAAACGCCCUCAGGACAUUUUUCCACCCAUUCAUAUGAAGAACGAAAUGGGAGCGUCAUAUCGUCCACUAGAGCACGUCCAAAGAGUAGGAACGACAGAGCAGUUAUCAGACUGGAUCACUCAGGUGCGUUCGAAGCGCAUAAAAUACCUCCGGAAUCGUCGACGCAACAUUCGGGUGGAGGCAGUUCUGACUUACGCCCUCACCCAAGCUGAGCAGAUACUGCGAACCAAGCAGAUAGCUAAAAUCACCAAGUGGCAGCAAAUUAAACACAAAAUGAUGCAUCGUACCCUGAGUUGAGCAGUUUGGAUAGCUUUAUGACGCAGCUGAGUAAGGUCAAGGUCGAGCAACGAUGAAACUUGUUCAUUUUAUUCAACUGUGCACAAUGUUAAUGUUCUUUUCUUUAAGAAGACGAUUUACUGGCCUUUGGGGUCUCGAGAGCGUCUUCAGGCGACUGAAGGGAGAGAGUACAGUGGGUCACGAGGCAUCUGGGGAUGAGGGUGACCUGACUGGGGAUUUUUUACUCUCGUGAUAUCAGAUUUCAUUAUUUCGGUAAAUCGAGCAUUUCGGUGGACAAGGAGACUGUUUUUUUGUUGAGAUUAGUUUUGUUGGAUAUUUCUUGAGACGAGAUAAUUGGCAUUAUCAAAGAAUUUUCAAGUUCCAAGGGAAAAUGUCAAUAGGCAUUUUUGUAAGGAUUCAAUUUUCAACAAAAAAUGAUGCUUUGACAUUUUUUAAUGAAAGAAAACGAAAAUUCUUGGAAAUUCUUGUUCCUAAAAACAAUUAUUUCAAGAAUAAUUUGCGAAAAAUGUCGCAUCAACUAGAUAAUUGAGUAAUGGAGACUGUUGAACCACCGAAAUGCUAUUUUGUUCACUGGCAUUAGACGUUUUACAGGAAAUUGACUGGGAGGUUUACGAUCUUUAUCAAUUGCAGUCUCAACCGAUGAGAUGAUGCCGAGGAUAUCCGUGGUUACCAGGAUACUACGUGAUAUCACUAACACUUGGCCGGUGAAAAAUCAACGCGUGGGUUAUGAGUGGCAAUGUAUCGUUUAAGUAUUUGAUUCACAUUGAAUUCAUUGAUUAUCUGUAAAUAAUUGACAAAUGUAUUAUAGGUGAAACAGGGAGAGCAUUGUAAGGUUUAUUCCAUGAAUAAAACAAACUUUGGAGAUGUUAAGUGUCUGUUGAACUGUCAAUUCGAUGAUUAAUUCGUAUAUAAUCGUUUCAGCGUUAGACGAGGAGAAUUAAUCUGUGAUUGAUGAGGAGGAGAAUGAACGGGGGAAUAUUUUUAGGGUUUUUCUUGAUGAUGACGAUCAUGGAACCUCAAAGUCAGGUAAUUUUAUGUUUAUAAAAUUAAUCACCACUGGAUUUGUAUUAAUUUUGUUAUGAAACAGUCGAAAUUGGAUUAUAUGAGUAAAUUUUUCAGUUACAAAGAAUAUAUAUUCUUGUUAAUGAGAGGAACUGGGGAAUAUUUUUAGGGUUUUAUUGACAAAGAGAAUGGAAACUCAAAGUCAGGUAAUUUUACGUUUAUUUAUAAUUACAAUCUUUGAAAAAUUAACACUGGAUUUACAUUCAUUUUAAUAUGAAACGCACCUGAAAAGAAGAAAUGAUAAUUUAAUUAGUGGAAAUUGAAUAAUGUGAGGAGCAGAUUUAGAGGGAAAUAUCAGGAGACAUUUUCUGCAGUAAAUUUUUCGGCUACAAAAAAUAUCAUGUCUUGUUAACUGAGGAUUGAUAAGUCAUGAGAAUGAAGAUUUAGAAUGGGAAGUGACUCACUAUCCUGUUCGAAGCAUUUUCGCUUCUUUGGCUGCCUGCAACGCUUGUUUCUGCUCCUCAACAAUGGCCUCCCGUUCCUUCAGGAACACAGCGUACUCGUCAGGAUCUAUUUCCCGAACGAUUUUAAUGCCACAGGUUCUAGCAAUGCCCACGAGCAUCUGAGUGAUCUGCUGAAGAGUUAGCAGGGUCAAAGGUGGAUCUUGGGAUUUUAUUUUUGCGAUUUCGUAGAGGUGCCUCAGCGUCACUUUCCCAGCGACUUCGUUGCCUGAGCGACAUCAGAAAUAAAAGAAAUUGAAGAUUUAUCCAGAAAAUCUGUUGAUUCAGACAUUCAGAGGUAAAACUGUAAAUCUAGGAAUUUUUUGUCCUUCAUUUUCACCAGAUUCGUGAUUUUAUUCACCUGAAUUCAUGGCUCCUCGCUGGAUCCCUGCUGCCUGCUUCAGGAAAUACGUCGCUGGGGGCUGGUGAAUAACCAUGUCAUACGUUCUGUCUGGAUGCACCUUCACCCUCACUGGUAAUGGAAUUCCUUCCUUGAUGUUUGCAGUUCUUUCGUUGAAGUCUUUUAUGAAAUUCCCUAUGUUUAUGUUUCUCUGCAGCAAUAAAGAGUAUGAAUUUAAUAAUAA